AUGAAGUUACUGUCAGCACUACUCUCUGUGGCACUGUGUCUCCCCAGAUCCUGCCUGGGUGAAUCUUUGUUGUCACUGCGUCGUGGUCUUGCUGCUACCGGAACGAGUGAUGACAGUAGCAGUAUUCCAAAUAAUAAUCACCGCCAACUGCAGUCACCUGCCGAAUUGGCCCAGAGUUGGGUCAAUGAGCAUCCCGAUCUGGAUCUGUUAACUCCCGAACGACAGACCCAACUCUUUGCCAUGGUGGAAUUCUUCUAUUCGACGACGGGAUUGAGCUUUUGGAACAUUACCACCAACUGGUUGUCUUAUACCGUCAGCGAAUGCCAGUGGUACAAUCAAGCGGCAGAAGAUGCCUGCGAUCCCGCUUCUGGCGAAUUACUUAGUCUGGAAUUGGAAGACAAUGGAUUGGAGGGAUUCUUACCGGCAUCGUUGGCCGAUUUGUCCGUCUUGGACUCGCUGGAUGUGGAAGACAACAAUAUUGAAGGAUCCAUUCCUACACAAUUUGGAUCCAUGGCCAAUUUGGAAGAACUCGAUGUCAGUUCCAAUCUAAUGAACGGUACCAUUCCGACGGAAUUGGGAAAUUUGCCAGUCGUCCAAGAAUUGGAACUCAAAGAAAAUGCAUUUUCGGGAUUAAUUCCUUCGGAACUGGGGAAUCUAGCCACAUUGGAACUGUUGGAUCUUUCGGAAAACAUGUUGGAAGGAGCGCUGCCACCCGAAUUGGCCACGCUACCAGCUCUGGAAGUGAUUAGUGUUUAUUUCAACAAGAACCUCACAGGGACUAUUCCAGAGGGGUUCUUUGUCAUGCCCAGUUUGUUAGAACUGGAUGUGGAAUUCAAUUUCUUGGAGGGAUCCAUCCCUACCAUUAUUGGACAAAACACACGUUUGAUGGAACUCAAUUUGCAAGAUAAUUUUUUUGCCAACACCAUUCCCACGGAGUUGGGGAAUGUGAUGACACUGGAAGAAAUCAAUUUAAAAGACAACGAACUUGUGGGUCCCAUUCCUACUUUUCUGGGCAAUCUUCCCAAGUUGUUGGUCUUGGAUCUUGAGGACAAUCGAAUCACCGGUGUCAUCCCCGCCGAACUGGCCAGGGCAUCCAAUCUCCAAGAAAUUGCACUGGCCGACAAUCCCGACAUGACCGGUACCAUCCCAGAAGCAUUGGGAACAUUGGUCAAUUUGACACGCUUGGAUGUCACUGGUCUCACCAAACUCUCGGGAAGUGUCCCCGAUUCGCUCUGUGGUGUAACCACAUUUACCUGUGGACUCAUCAUUGGAGAACUCUGUGGUUGCAACACGUGUCCCUGUUCCGCGCAACAGGCAGCGGUACCGCCUUCUCCGGAACCGACCAGAGCUCCAACACGAAGUCCGACCAAACGGCCCACAAGAAAGCCCACGAGAAAACCCACGAGAAAUCCCACGAGACAACCUACGCGUCGUCCGACACGACGACCCACACCCCAACCAACUCGAUUUGAUGAUUUCUGUCGUCUCUGUCCCUUUACGUUGGAUGUGAGACGACGAGGGCGGACCCUGUGGGAAAUGGGAACCACGGGGUUUCUUACCACGUGUGGUGAAUUCAAUGAUUACUUGGCAGAAGAAGAAAGUUGUAGGGGAUACACGGGUAUCUAUCGAGGCAUCGCCAUUCCAGCCUAUUGCGGAUGCGACGGUGUCGACAAUCCAAAUGCCUGCGGACGAGGGCUGUGCCUCGAUGGGACAUCCUUGAAGGAUGGCAACGCCUUUGGAUUGACUUGCUUGGAGUGGAAUGAAUUUGCGCUGGCCACGGCCGAUCCAAAUGCCUGCGGAGACAUGUUGGAACCGCAGAGACAGGAAUGCUGUGGGUAA